AUGCUGCCUCGCGUCGUCGGACGUCUCUACGCCGUCGUCGCCGCUGUCCUGCUGCUCUCCGCGCCCGGCCUUCGGGUCCUUGGCGACAGGAUACCACUUCGCCCAUACUCGUCGUGCCGGAUCAUCGUCGACGCCGGCUCGUCAGGCACCCGCUUCUUUGCCUUCCCGUCGCCGAGCGUACCCGCCGCCGAUACAUUUGCGCACCUCACGCCCGGCCUCAGCGAGAUCGCGCCGCUGCAAGCGUAUGCGUACAUACGCCAAGCACUGUACGAGGUCCAAGCGUCGCUGGCCCCCGAGAUGCGAUCCCGGUGCUUUGUCCAUAUCUACGGCACGGCUGGUAUGCGCGGCUUGGAUGCUUCGCAGCAAGCCGAGCUCUACAACCAGCUGUACCUCGAUAUCAAGAACGACGCGAAUAUGGUGCUGCCAUUGGAGCGAGUGCAUGUACGCACCAUCUCGGGCGACGACGAAGCGUUCUUCCUAGCCAUGGCGGCCAACUAUCUCGAUGCGCGUGUCGAGAGCGACCUCGCGCCCAGCAACGUCGACCUCUUUGGUGCCCUCGAUCUGGGCGGCGGCAGCACGCAGAUCGUUUUUGACGUCAAGGAGCGCUGGCGCCAGAACGCGCGGCGCAAGGCCAUGCCGCAUCAAAAGACACUCAACGCCAGCGAACACAUGCACGAUCAAGUGCUGCAGUCGAUCGCAGCCAAUGCCUCGACGAAUCACAGCGCCACCAACGCGACCACGUCGGUCGAGAUGCUCGCCAACCCGUGCUACUUUACAGGGUACACCAGCGGCAACCAGACGGGCACGGGCCACGCCGCCGAGUGCCUCGAUCUCCUGCAAUCGCUCGUGGCACAAGAGAACGCCAACUGUCCUAGCGGGUCAUUUUGCGCACUCCAGUCGGUGCCGCAGCCGCCCGUGACGGGUGCGUUUUACGGCGUGAGCGUCUACUACCUCGCGACCGUCUUUGCGCGCGACGUUGUGAGUCGCAUCGCACCGACACUAAGCUACGGCUGGCCGGCGCCGUCCCUCGAAGAGAUCGAAGCGGCGACCCAUUUAGUGUGCAGCACGCGCUUUGACGAGCUUGCCACUUUCGAGCUCGAGCAUACCCCCAAGGAGAUGCUACAUCGGCGCUGUCUCGACCUUUGCUACGUCACGACGCUUUUGCGUGCAUACGGCUUUGGUCUCUCGGAGCGCCGGGUCGUCUUUGUCGACCGCAUACGAGGUAGACAUCGUUACGGCAAUAGGCUCGCCUGUGGUGUGGGCACGGGGGCGUACUUGAUGGACCACGCGCUGGCCUCGACGGCCUACGCCGAGGCGCUUGUGAGCUACCUCUCGCGCCAAGUCGAAGUCGGGCUCCCGAUCGGGUGGCACGUAGCACUGCUGAUGCUCACGAUGGCAGUGCUCGCGCUCUUCCUCACGGUGCACCGCGCAACGGGCCGGCACGGGUCGACCCAAGCUAUCGAGUUUGUCGGGGAUCCGCGUAAAUAGACCCCGUGCUGUAGAUAAAGUACGUAUAGUAGGACAUGCAUCGAGUCGUCACUAAAGCGCAC